AUGCCACCGGAUUUGAAUUCACUUCCUCCAUCCCGCUCAUCUUCAACCUCCUCCUCGAUUCCACGUAAUAUGGCCGCUCCUGGAACUGGUCCGGCGCCCGUGAACCCAAACACUGCCUCACCAAGACCCUCCCGUGGCUCGAGCAUAGGUCGAUUAUCGGUAUCCGAGCGACGUCGAUCUGCUGCCGGCGUGAAUCUGAAUACAAACGAGAUCCAGGGCACUAGUCCAGGACCUAGCGGCGAGUUACCUGUAUCAGACCACCGCGACCAUCGCAGCUCAAUCGGACAUGCAUUCCGCACAGCCAGCCCGUCUAGCCACGGUGGAAGCCCCAUCUUCGCGACAGCAGAUCCCCACCACCAGCGUGCACCAUCGUUGGGAGAGCUACACCAAGAGCUGGAGCAAGAACAGGAAGCACAAGUGAACCGUCUUCUUCAGAUGAUCCGCAGUCAACAAGCCCAAUUGCAGCAAUAUCAGCAGCAACAGAACCCGCAAUCAUCUGCUGCAAUCGACGACACAACCCCCGCAUCAGAACGGUCGGCCUUCUUCCCUCCUAACCCAGCACCACCGGCCGGCAACAGAUUAUCGAUCUCUUCUUCAUUCUCAAACCGCCGAAACUCGCGACCUUCAAGUCAAGCAACGUCGCCGAACCUACGGCCGCUAGACUCGCGUGGACCGGAGGGCGUGGAGCCAUUCCCAGGGUUGCGGGAUAGUCCGUCUCGGCGCGGUAGCCGGGACGAGAGUGCAUUUUACCAAGCCGAAGCGAGCUCCCUAAGCCGAGAAAAUGUGCUCCUGCGGCAGCGGAUCCGGGAACUAGAGAGACAAAUCGGGGACCUGACGACUUCCCAGAGAACUCCCUCUGCAACAACUACUUCGGGUAUUCCGUCCGGGCAAGCGGGGGCCGAAACCGCGGACCCGCCUGCCGUGCGAGACGGCAAAGACUGA